AUGCCUCACGAAACCCAGAAAUGCUACAAAAUCCAUUUGGCAGUGGGAGACGCUACAGGGUCUGCAUGCUUUAUCAUGCUUGGGAGGACCGCUGAGUUUUUGCUUGGAACUACUGCUGACGAACUGUCGGCGCGUUAUCCUCACCAGCAUGGCUAUUGCCCUCCAGAAAUUGUUGCCAUGAAUGGACGCUGGUUUUCGUUUGUUGUUCAGCUCCCUAAACCUGGCUAUUUACCUGGAACCCCUUUGGAGUUUACAAUCCUUACUGUGGCCAACAGCAACCAACCUCAGCAAUAG